CUCAUCCCCAUCACUUUUCAUUCAAUUGUGUACCCUGCGAAGAGUCUCUACUCCGCGAGACGCACUCAACAGUGUGAUUACAACAGUAUGAGCCUUUGCAGCCACAGCGCAUGGUUCGCCAUGUCAGGGCUGUGGACCUGGCCGUUCCUUAUUGGGACCUGGCGCCGGUAAUACCACCACCACCACCACCAUAUGCUGCGACACGUAGGCUCCCCACGCACCAACAUGAUACGGUGACAGGGCGAGGCUUGGAACGUAACAGACGGGAGACAGGGGGAAGAACUUCGUUGUGUUUCAAAGCACCCGAAUAUGCGGCGCCAGUCAUUCGCGCGAAGGAUUCCUUUAGCAUCGGCAAUGAUGUCAGCUCGAGGACUUUCCGAAAGCAGCUUGAGAUUGAUCUGGUAAGCGUUGAGGGUGAUUAUUUCAUUCAUCCACGUUCCGUCAAUGCCAUUUUUCCAAGGCCUUCAAACAUCGAAGGGAAUCCACACAUCGGCCCAAAGAAUACCUCGAUACUGGUUCCUUCACCUCUGAAUCCCUCGACAUCUUCGGAAAUUCAAAAACACAGGGACCUCGAUGGCGGAUAUCGCGUCCUCCCUCACGAUUCACAAGGGUUUGGCUCCUUCCAGUCACUCGGGAAUCCAAACAGGACCACGCACACUGGCUACAAAGCCUCGGCAAAUGAAUAUUCAAAGUUACAGAGCUCAAGCCGAUCUGAGCCUAUUCAUCCUCCCUCCAAGACUCUCGUUCUCGACCUCGUUUGCCCAGAUGACUCCUCAUUGCGCUUCUCAAAUCUCCUACCCGCGGAUAACGAUGACAUGCGGACCGUGUGCGCAGAUCCGAGAAUCGAAGGUACAACGCUACUACGGGCGGGGCAAGUCUUGUUGGAGAUGAAAAGGCUGGUACACGAUCCCGGAUUUCGCUGCUCAAAGCUACCGUCCAUAGCUGACGACGACAACGCAGGUCCGAGUGAUAGGAACACGAGCAUUCAUGAUGUGCCAAAUGGGGAUGUCUGCGUUCGCAGACUGUGA